AUGUUUUCCAAAUCAAGUGCAAUGGAUACGGGCCGUCGUACUGAGGGCGAUGGUAUGGAAAACGAGGAGCUAGCAGGAUCGUUCACAGCAAAGCGAUCCUCUUCGUCAUCGACUGCUUCAACGACACUGAUACCAUCCGGUGACAUCAAACUACCGGCCAACUUUUCUAUCGAACGACUACUGCCACACUCAGGAUCGAACCCAGUGUACCGCCCGACCGAACUCGUCACCGGCGGUAACACCUCACUGUCAGCGGUUGUGCCACGCGGGAAAGUGUUCAAUCUGGUGCCCCGACUUGUAUCGCCUGGUGGCCGCCCAAAGCUGUCUACGAUGCACCACAAGGAACCGAAGUUUGUUCCGUUCGAACCGUACAAAGGUGCCGUCACGCCCAUCAUUCCCGGUCGUAACAAUAUCCCGGGUGGAGGGUCACGCGUCAAGCUCACCAACCGCAACAACCUCGACCUAAGCGUACUCGUCUCGCAGAUGUCCACCAUCGCUGAUAAGGAACUGCGUACCAAAGUCUUGCCCACGGCGGAAGACGACGAAAAGAUACGGUACGAGAAGGAGCUGGAAGAACUGCGCAAAGAGCGAGACUAUAUUCAGGGACAGCUUAAAUUUCAAGCUCAGGUAAAUGCGGAAUUGAAAAAUCUGCUAGUGGCCGCCGUUGGUGAAGACUUGCAGACGAAGGUGAACGUGCUGACCGAGGACAAACUGCACCUAGCCCGCAAGCUGCUAAACUCAGCCGAAAAUCUAUCGUCACACACGGAACAGAUCGAGUUCCUGGCCGGACAGAGCGAGGUAUGGCGCAGCAAGUUUCUCGCCAGCAGCUUGAUGGUGGAGGAAUUGGCCCGCUGGAAAGCGAGCCUACUGCAACGGAACGGACUUUUGCUAGCAUCGAACAAAGAACAACUCGAGGUCAUUUCUAAAGCGCGCGAAAUGAUUAUCGACGUGCUGAAACAUUUGCGCUUCCUGGCCAAUGCGAAGGAACCGCUACAGCUACAAUCGGCCACCGUACUUGAUCUGGCAUCCGAAUGUGUAAACAUAUCGCAACAGCUCGCCCUCCAGCAUUCGGCCCUCGGAAUGCCCCACAAUUUGGAUGGUUUGAAAGCGCUAGAAUGCAUGACGGAUGCGGAGAAGUUGGCCGUCCAGGCAUUGCAAAACUCGCACCAAUCGCUUUUACCGACGGACGAAGCAUUUAGAGCGAUCGUUGGCCAAGCAUUUCCCUCCAUUCAUACGUUAAAGCAACAGUCGGACGCAUCGUUGCUGGCGUCGGAUUUUGAAGUAAUAACCAAACCGGACCGCGAUUCGUUCGACGAGGACGCGAACUGA